CAAUACAUUUUUCCGUUUGUGUAGAUCCCCUGUUUGAUUCUUCUUCUUCUCUUUCCCUUCGAUCUUCAACCCCGACCAAAGCCAUGGCCGCCACCACCGCCGCCACCGUCACGGCUGCCGGCACCCAGCACGUCCUCCUCCGCCCUUCCUUCAACCCCAACCCCCUCAGAUCGGUCAUUAUCCCUCGUUCCCCUUUCAAAAUCCCCAGCCUCUCCAUCUCUUGCACCGCCGUGCGCUCCCCUCCGGCCUCUAUUGCCACCAAAGAUCGCCUCUUUAACUUCGCCGCCGGCCCCGCCACCUUGCCGGAAUCCGUCAUCCUCAAAGCUCAGGCUGAUCUCUUCAACUACCAAGGCUGCGGCAUGAGCGUCAUGGAGAUGAGCCACCGUGGCAAGGACUUCGACUUCAUCAUCAAGAAAGCCGAGUCCGAUCUCCGUUCCCUCCUCUCCAUCUCCUCCGACUACGCCGUCAUCUUCCUCCAAGGGGGCGCCACCACCCUAUUCGCUGCUCUCCCUUUGAAUCUCUGCUCCCCUGAUGACUCUGCCGACUACGUUGUCACCGGAUCUUGGAGCGACAAGGCUUGUAAAGAAGCUCAGAAAUUUUGCAAAGCCAAGACCAUCUGGUCUGGCAAGCCGGAUAAGUACACAAAGAUCCCAUCUUUUGAUUCUUUGGAGCAAAAUUCUAAUGCCAAAUACCUCCAUAUCUGCUCUAAUGAGACCAUUCAUGGAGUGGAAUUCAAGGAUUAUCCAACUCCAUUGAAUGAAAACUCUAUUUUGGUGGCUGAUAUGUCCUCCAAUUUCUGUUCAAAGCCUGUGGAUGUCUCCAAGUUUGGAGUGAUCUAUGCUGGUGCACAGAAGAAUGUUGGACCUUCAGGUGUGACUAUUGCUAUCGUUAGGAAAGAUCUCAUGGGGAGUUCUCAGCCAAUCACACCAGUGAUGCUGGAUUUCAAGACUCAAGCUGAUAAUGCAUCACUGUAUAAUACUCCGCCGUGUUUUGCUAUCUAUAUUUGUGGAUUAGUGUUUGAGGAUUUGCUUCAACAGGGUGGCUUGGUUGAGGUUGAGAAGAAGAAUGUGAAAAAGGCUUCUAUCCUGUAUGAUGCCAUUGAUGGUAGUGAUGGUUUUUAUGUUUGUCCAGUUGAAAAAUCGGUUCGGUCCAUGAUGAAUGUGCCAUUUACAUUGAAAAAAUCUGAGCUUGAGAAGAAGUUCAUUGAGGAGGCUUCUUUGGAGGGGAUGGUGCAACUUAAGGGACAUAGAUCUGUCGGUGGUGUUCGUGCUUCAAUAUAUAAUGCAAUGCCUUUGGCUGGUGUGGAGAAGCUGGUUGCUUUCAUGAUGGACUUCCAGGCCAGGCAUCCUUGAUUUGGAUGUAUUUCUAAGUGAGUUCAAUUCUGGUUUUUGUUGAUUUCUAUAGCUAGUGUUUCUUCUGUAUUUGAUGAAUGUCUAAAUUAUGGUGAUGGUUUCUUCUGUUUGAUAGCCAUUGCUAUGUGAUAAGUAUGGCAUGAUUCAUUGUUAGACCGAGUGGAACACUGGAACAUGUUUACUAAGGAAUAAGUGGAGCAGGGGAUCUCUUUUUCUUUUUCUUUUUUCUUUUUGUUGUUGUUGUUUUAAUUUCUUUCUUCUUGCUAGUGUUGGAACAAGUCUUGGAUCGUCAGUUACUAUUUGAAUCUUAUUUUUGUUUUGCUUGCUUGUUCAAUA